AUGAGUGACAUCUACGAGUCCGCGGCGAACUCUCUGGGUUUGUUCAGCAGCCCCUGCCUCACCAAAGUGGAGCUCCGCCUCACCUGUAAGGGCAUCUCAGACCGGGACGCUCUGUCCAAGCCCGACCCCUGCUUCGUCCUCAAGAUGCAGUCUCAUGGCCAGUGGAUGGAGGUGGACCGGACCGAGGUGAUCCGGAGCUGUGUGAACCCCUCCUACUCCAAGGUCUUCACUCUGGACUUUUACUUUGAGGAGGUGCAGCGUCUGCGCUUCGAGCUGUACGACAUCAACAGCAGCCACAACGGGCUGAAGGAGGCCACCUUCCUGGGGUCGGUGGAGUGCACGCUGGGCCAGAUCAUCUCCCAGAGGAAACUGUCCAAAGCUCUGCUCAGACCAGGAGGCACCGUAGGAAAGGCCAUCAUCACGAUCACAGCAGAGGAGCUGACGGGGAACGACGACUACAUCGAGCUCUCCUUCAGCGCCCGGAAGCUGGACGAUAAGGACUUCUUCAGUAAAUCGGAUCCGUUCCUGGAGAUCUACAGGCUGAACGACGACGCAACCCUGCAGCUCGUCUACAGAACUGAGACUGUUAUGAAUAAUCUCAACCCUGUUUGGAAAACCUUCAAAGUCUCUCUCAACUCGCUCUGCAGUGGAGACCACGAACGCAAGCUGCAGUGCACCGUCUGGGACUGGGACUCCAACGGCAAACACGACUACAUCGGCGAGUUCGAGGCCACGUUCAAGGAGAUGAGAGGAGCCAUCGAUGGACGGCAGGUGCAGUGGCCGUGUAUAAACCCCAAAUACAAAGUGAAGAAGAAGAACUACAAGAACUCUGGCAUCGUUAUUCUGAACCAGUGCAAGAUCAUCAAGAUGCACUCGUUUCUGGAUUACAUCAUGGGAGGCUGUCAGAUCCAGUUUACUGUAGCCAUCGACUUCACGGCGUCCAACGGAGAUCCGCGUAACAGCUGCUCUCUGCAUUACAUCCACCCCUAUCAGCCCAACGAGUACCUGAAGGCGCUGGUGGCGGUGGGAGAGAUCUGCCAAGACUACGACAGUGACAAAAUGUUCCCGGCGUUCGGCUUCGGCGCUCGGAUCCCUCCUGACUUCAAGGUCUCCCACGACUUUGCGGUGAAUUUUAACGAAGAGAACCCCGAGUGUGCAGGUAUCCAGGGGGUGGUCGAGGCCUACCAGGCCUGUCUACCCAAGCUGCAGCUCUACGGCCCCACCAACAUCGCCCCCAUCAUCCAGAAGGUUGCCAACUCAGCCUCGCAGGAGGUCCACACCAAAGAGGCCAUGCAAUACUUCAUCUUGCUGAUCCUGACAGACGGCGUCAUCACCGACAUGGCCGACACGAGGGAGGCCAUUGUCCAGGCCUCCCACCUCCCCAUGUCCGUCAUCAUCGUCGGGGUUGGAAACGCUGACUUCAGCGACAUGCAGAUGCUGGAUGGCGACGACGGGAUCCUACGAUCGCCCAAAGGAGAGCCCGUCCUCCGGGACAUCGUCCAGUUCGUUCCCUUCCGCAACUUCAAACAUGCCUCUCCGGCUGCUCUGGCUAAGAGUGUCCUAGCAGAAGUGCCCAACCAGGUGGUUGACUACUACAACAGCAAGGGCAUCAAGCCCAAAGUGCCCAGCGAGUACCAGUCUUCCAGGCCGUUUGGCCCCUGA